GGGAGGGAGACAAGUUCCGUUUAUCAAAAAGUGGAACGAAUUCAUGUGUCGUGCGGAUGCGAUGACGCGACUGGCAGCCAGUAAGCCAAAAGCAACACCCGACAACAUACAUGAGGACCAACGACCACAUUUCAAGAUGUUCUCCCUGUUGCUGCUGCUGUGUUCCUUCUUGCCGCACGGGGGCCCAGCAUCUCCAAUAAGUUGCUACAACGACCAGGGCGACGCCGUCGACUGGUUUUAUAUGUACAAGCUGCCAAAGACGCAUGGCACGGCAUCGGGUCUAAUGUACUUGCUGCUGGACGAGAGCGGCGCCGGCUGGACACCCGGCGUGGGGACCAUCAACGACACAAUGGGAGCGCUGGGCAGGACGCUGGCGCAACUCUACUGGCAGACUCAACAGGCAGGAGUGGCCUACAUCCUUUACAAUGACCAGGAUGGGCUCGGGCACAACCACAAAGGAGGACACACCAAAGGUGUGGUGCUGCUGGACAAGACACAAGGUUUCUGGCUCAUCCACAGCACGCCCAUCUUUCCCCCGGCACGACGGGCGGGUCACUACCACUUUCCCGACGGUGGUGCCACUUAUGGACAGAACUUCCUGUGCGUCAGCUUCCCGCUGGACCGCUUCCACACCAUCGGCGAGCAGCUGCAGAUCAACCAGGCCAACGUCUAUGACUGCGAUGUGCCGCCCUUCUUUGCGGCGGCGGCCCCGGCUCUGGCCGCCGUAUGCAAUCAAAUCAGUGCGCUGGCCCCACCCACCAACCGCAGCGUCACGCUUACAUCUAAAGGCGGUGCCGCCUUCGUCAGCUUCGCCAAAGGAGCUGCCUUCGACCGCGACCUGUACCAGUCAUGGGUGGCCCCCGCCCUGCGCUCGGACCUCCUGGUGCAGUUCUGGAUCCACUCGAGAGGCAUCCUGCCGUCCGACUGCAGCUCGGGCUGGAAGGUGCUGGACGUCACGCGCCUGUCCCCGGGCGGCCUGUCGCCCUAUAACAACAGCAAGGACCACUCCAAGUGGGCCGUCAGCCCACGGCCGGCGGCGGCGGACGGCGGUUGGCUGUGCGUGGGGGACAUCAACCGCAACCGGGCCGAGGAAAAGCGGGGGGGCGGCACACUUUGUCAGCGCCAUGCCACCGUGUGGAAAGCGUACCGCGCCACCGCGCUCGAGUGUCAGCCCUGCCGGGCGUCGGCGCUCGGCUCCGCUCAAUGCCAAUAAAGCAUACAUAACAAAUCA